UAACAGUCGUAUGCUUUCUCACAUAACGUUAAAAUUCACUGAUAACAACUACAUAAAAAAUGCCGCCUGGAUUGAACGGACGUGUCUGUAUAUGCGUCUGCCUGGUUUUAACAUGCCUUCACUCAGCUUUGGUGUCCGCAAUAUGUGUAUUCCAGGAGACCAAUGAAAUAAUUUUUACGCCUUGUAGUUGGAGCCAAUGGAUGUCAUGGAAUUGCAGCCGGUGUUACAACCCAGGCCCGACCCUCGGACCGAAGUUUGUGUUCCGUAACCGCGGCCUCUGUUGCCUGGAUACCAAAGAUCUAGACGCUUGUCUCAGUAGCUGUAACUUUACCAGAGCCGACGGUGAAGAUCAAGCACCAUGUUUGCCGCAUUGCUCGAACACAUCACAUCAAUCAAGUACUGGUGCAGUAACCAUACUCUCUACGGGACCGUCUACGCUUCCUAGUACAAUCCCAAUAGCCAACCUAUCGACCGAACCAUCGCAACCUGACCCGACAGCAAAGCCACAGAUGCCGAAUCACGGAAAUACGAGCCUUGGUUCCGGACAUUACAACGGACUUGCCGCCGAGAUUGAGACCUCCUCGAAUAGAGGGGCCUCUUGCUCUUUUGGGCAAUGGAGCCGUAUCGAAUAUUUACCUGAUACACCGGUAUCUGUGUGCCGAACUUUCGAAAUUCUAACUACGUUUGUAAUUCUUGCGUUCCUGUACGCCAUCUUUAUGACGUCAUAUCAUCUGUACAUGCGUCACCUGAAGGCAGAACACAAGAUCGACAACUCUGCCGACGACAAUCAUGCCCCUGGACCGGCAAAAAGGACCUUUUUGAUGAUGAAAGACCGCGUGCAGGGAAUGUGGGCCUCUGUCGCAAAAACUCCUCAAAUCCAACCGGAAAUUUCACUGGAAGACGCAUGAAGUGUUUGACUCAUUCGUACAAAAUGAUAUGAACGCUUUGCAACUGGAACAUUUAAAUCCAAGUUUCAUGUAACCGCAUUUUUUAAAAAGUAAAUGCUGGUUCUAAAAGACAAUGUUUGAUUUUAACUUGCAUUAACAUUUGUAUAUUGUAUAAUAUAAUGCCUUCGCUGUUUCUUUGAUGUGUUGUUGUGUUUUCUAUACUAGAAGUGUUUGAACCAAAAUUAAAUGUAAAAUUAGAAUCGUUAUAUGCAAUGCUAUUCAAUAUUCUGGCAAUUAAUCAUGAACGUAAUACAUGUAUAUAGUGCAUAUACUAAUUUGCAACGGUUUUAUUAAAUUCAAACUGUUUUGUA